GCCUCACCUCAGUUGAUAAUCACGAACUGUGUUUCUUCUGGCAGCUGCUCUGAACACUUUCUAACCUCUCUUGCUUUGUGGUUCCAGGGAUCUUCUCCUACUGCCACAGGAAAGAGGCCUUCUGGACGGUUUCCCCACCACCGUCGCAAGAAGAGAAAGGAGAUGGAUGAUGGACUCACCGAAGGCGGGCAGCAGAAACAAAAUACCUACGUUAUCAAGCUGUUUGACCGGAGUGUGGACCUGGCACAGUUCUCUGAGAAUACUCCCCUCUACCCCAUUUGUCGGGCCUGGAUGCGGAACAGUCCCACAGUGCGGGAGCAAGAGCGAUCUCCUAGCCCUAAUCUGCCCCCCUUCCCUGAGGAUGAGGAGGGGACUGAGGGACUGAAUGGAAGGAUUCAGGAUGUUUUUAAACUGCCACCUCCAACCGCCUGCCAGACAAAUGCCAUGGGGGAGCCAGUUAAUCUACGGAUCCCAUCCCCACUAAAGCCUGAAGAGGAGACAAAAGAAGUUCUUGACAUGGCCUCUGACCCAGUGCCAUCAAUGUCCACCCUCAUCUACGAGAACAUGGAGCGGUGGAAAAAGAUCCGGCAGAGGUGGAAAGAGGCUUCACACAAAAAUCAGCUACGCUAUGCAGGGAGUAUGAAGAUCCUGAAGGAAAUGUAUGAGCGGCAGUGAGGAAUGGGGUACUUCUGCAGACAGCUCAAGUCGCGUUAUGGCUAUUUUGUUUGUUGGGUCUUGUGUGCUCCUGGAAAUCCAGUUUGUUCUGUUGAUUUGUCUUACCUGCUUCUGAUAUUGGAUAGCAAUAAAUGUCAAUAUUUGGAAUA